AUGGGUCUACCUAUCAAGCUCGGUGUUCCCCAUGUCCCCAAAGAGGACUCUACUCAAGGACAACCCACUCAAACAAACGACCGCCAGAACCAACAACAAACGGAGCCAGCCACCGGUGCCGGUGCGAACACGGGAGCCGGCACAACCCGCUCCAAGACGGAAGCCGAGAUUCAGGCUGACCGGCUCUACGAGGAAGCAAUAGAAGAGGAGUAUGCCAAGAGAGACGGUGGCUCCUGA